UGACAAGACUCAUCUCCCAGGCAGCUCAAAAAUAAGGAAGGCACUAUACUAUGCGUGCACAGACACAGAAGCUGCCCUCAAGCCGUGCACGGCCUAGCGGAGGACACGGGAGAGUAAUGCCGUAUUUUACAGGUGCUUGACAAAGACCCAUCGUUGAGUGGGACUCUAGUACAGUCUGUUCUUGCCAAUAUUUCAUAAGCGACAUUUCCAGACUAUGUGAACAUCCAUUUUAAGAUUUAUUCCUCUAUGAUGGAGAAGUAUGAAAAAAUUGGGAAAAUUGGCGAAGGAUCCUACGGAGUUGUUUUCAAAUGCAGAAACAGGGACACAGGUCAGAUUGUAGCCAUCAAGAGAUUUCUGGAAUCAGAAGAUGACCCUGUCAUAAAGAAAAUCGCCCUUCGAGAAAUCCGCAUGCUCAAGCAACUCAAGCAUCCCAACCUCGUUAACCUCAUGGAGGUCUUCAGAAGGAAGCGGAAGCUUCACCUGGUGUUCGAGUACUGCGACCACACGGUUCUCCAUGAGUUGGGCAGACACCAGAGAGGGGUGCCGGAACAUCUUGUGAAGAGCAUAACUUGGCAGACAUUGCAAGCUGUAAAUUUUUGCCAUAAACACAACUGCAUACAUAGAGAUGUGAAGCCAGAAAAUAUCCUUAUCACAAAACAUUCAGUGAUUAAGCUUUGUGACUUUGGAUUUGCCCGGCUUUUGACUGGCCCUAGUGACUACUACACAGACUAUGUGGCUACCAGGUGGUACCGCUCCCCGGAACUGUUGGUGGGGGACACCCAGUACGGCCCCCCAGUAGAUGUCUGGGCAAUUGGCUGUGUCUUUGCUGAGCUGCUCUCAGGAGUGCCUCUGUGGCCAGGGAAAUCAGAUGUGGAUCAACUCUAUCUGAUUAGGAAAACCUUGGGAGAUCUCAUUCCUAGGCACCAGCAAGUAUUUAGUACGAAUCAGUACUUCAGUGGGGUGAAAAUUCCAGACCCUGAUGAUAUGGAACCACUUGAAUUAAAAUUUCCAAACAUCUCUUAUCCUGCCCUGGGGCUCUUAAAGGGCUGUCUCCACAUGAAUCCUGCCGAGAGACUGACAUGUGAGCAGCUGUUGCAGCACCCGUAUUUUGACAGCAUGAGAGAAAUGGGGGAUUCAGCAAAAGAGCUUGACAGACCAAUAAGGAAGACCCUGAGACAGAGCCGAAAGCACCUGCCUGGGCACCUACCCCAGCUGACUAGCAGCAGCUUCCUUCCGGCUUUGGAUAAUAAGAAGUACUACUGUAAUAUGAAGAAACUCAACUAUCGUUUUCCAAACAUUUAAGGAGCUUGGAGAUUGAUGAUGAAAGAGGAACCAAACCUACACAUUUGAUUGAAAACAAUCACAAUAUUUUUUAAAACAUCAGGAGAAAACCUAAGUAACAAACUGGGGGAGGCCACUUGGCAGACUCUGAAGGGAAAUUCCAGAGGCAGCCUUCUUCCAUGCUUCAUGAUGGUGACCAGAACAGAAAGGAAAAACUUGUUUGGAUUUUCACUUGCAUUUUUGUUGUAUCUAAGUAUCUGAGCUUAUCGGCAGAAAUAUAAACAGUAUCUACUGCCCAUAUCUCUGGCAAAAUUA